CCGAAUCAUAGGGAUCCGGGAGCAUCAGCCUCAAUGUACGAUUUUCUGGUGAGCCUUGGUAAAGGUCACAAGGCUGUACUUGAUAUUAAGGACCUGGGUGCUGAGCUAGUUUAUCAAGCUGGGACUAUGGUGUUCAUUUGCGGGAGGGUAUUAGAACAUGGGGUCCCAUUCUGGGGAGACAGUGAAAGAGUGGUCAUUGCUCACUUUAUGAAAGAUAAAGUUCAUGAAAGGCUCAGUGUGCCU